AAAACCUUAGAGUUUUCUUUCAAUGGCUUUGAAAAAAUAUACUAAAAGUCGCCAGAUAUAUUCAGCUUUAUAUUUUUUAAUCGCUUUAAAACCGCAAAGAAGUACAAUUUGAAGCCACAGAGUUUUUGAAAUCUCCGUUAUGUCUGACAAGGCUUGCAAGACUCGGGUGCACAUUGUUCCCACACCACUGAAUUUGCCAUUUUUUCUGUCCGGAAGAACCCGCUUCAGACAUGACUAUUGGCGUAAAGUACCUACGCAUAUAAAAAAGAAGGGGCAAGUCCUUGCAAGGCACUGCAGUGAAGUGAAAGACGUUAAAUCGAAAACGGAACGGGAUUUAAAAAAUUUUAUUGGCAUUUACCCACCGAACGCUGAACCUUGCACCCAUUUACACAUAACAAAAAUCACGCGCGAUCUGAUCGAAGAUAAGCCUUGGUGUUUGCCACCAAGCACCUACGAUACUACGAAGGCGCCAUUUGCCGAAAAACGCGGUUAUCUCGGUGCGUAUUGGCGAAAAAUAUCCCAACGGGAAAGAGAUCUGCUUGAGCAAAAACCAAAAGCCAAUAUACAGAGCCACAAGGUCAAAGGACAAUGGAUAUUUUAUGAAAUUCCAAGAGGCAUAGAUCGUCUAACCCAACCCGCCCAUAAGUAUAAGGGCAAAUUCUUAACCAAUGCCCGUGACAGACGUGCCACCGCUCGCUGCAUGAUUAGUUAUGUGGGAUCGGCCUACCGCGACCCGUCGGAGCCUUCACCUGCGCAUUAUGAAUGCAAGUUGCAUGAGAUAGAAUAUAAUGCAUUACCUAAAAUGUUAAAGAAUGCACCAAAUCCGCACUUAUUUCUGCGCCACACUUCGGUGCCCGAGAAGCUAAUGUCACACAUACCUCGGCACACGAGUUUCAAACCUACAAUAGGUCGUUACGAGGUACGCUUCUCUAAGCAUUGCCCGUGCAGCAGGAAAAUACUAACGCCCGGUUUACAUUUAUUGAUCGAACGUGAGAAACGUAACAAAUUUCGCCGUUUGCCUUACAUCAAAAUCAAAACACGCAAUAAAUGUUAUCUCGAUUGGGAUCACGUUAUCGGCCAUGGUCAUCGCUAUCUCUUUCGCACCACAGAUAUGCCCACUAAAACGCCUAAAACACCAGCCAAGGAAAAGGCAGCAGAUAAGGCUAACAAACAUAUUCAACUUUACCCAGAUUCAAAAUACAUUAAUAUGAUAAAUUCACCGCACAAAGAAUAUCUAUCGAUACGCCCAGACGGUUUAGGUCAGGUGCCAGUUCGUGUACGCUUUAAUUGUAUAUCCAUCAAGCGUGUGAUACGUCGCCAGUUGCGUGUUAACAAGAAGGUAGUAUUUAAUAGUGGCACCGAGCGAUUCCCAGAGCUUGAUAUUCGACCAAUGAUAUUUACUGCUACUCAACUGGAGGAAUUGAAAAGCAAGUUGCCACCGGAGCGCCAACUGCGUGAUCAACCGGUAAUGGGAAAGCGAUUGAGUGAAAUCAAAUCUAAGCUUUACGAAACAUCCUCGCACUUAAAAUCCUUUUAUAGAUCAACUCUGCAUAAGCAAGAUUUUAAAUUUCAACCGCUUCCGGAACCAAAGAUACUAGUUUCUGAAAAGGAGUUGCGUCCCAGCCUCACUUUGAGUACUGACCUUUUAUUUUUCUAUGACAAGCCGAUCGACGUGAAUGAUUUUAUGAAGGAUAGCAGGCAAGGCUCAGUAGUGGGAGGAGUAUCUCCCGACACUGUACCCAAUAGUAAUGCCAAUAAUGUUCUCGUCCGUACCGUCCCAGAUGUUUCGGCAGAGGGCUAGUGCUCACUCCCAUUUCUAAAGGGAUCUAUAUACAUUUUAUUGUACAUAAAAAUGAGGGAAGGCAGGACAAAUUUUCGUCUUUUGAAGUACAUUUUACGAUUUCUGAAGGGCAAUUGAUUGUUUUGAAAUACAUUUUAUUAAAUACAUUUCAGAAAGCAACGUUUUCUAUUUCUGAAGAGCGAUUAA